GGCCCUGAAACACCCGACUUUAGCUCCAAGGGGAGGAGGGUCCACUCCGAAUGGGUACUAAAGGAGCAAUCAGGGCACCUGGAUGAAGGCAGGAAGUGUCUUGUGGCCAGUUUCUGAGUAAUUGCAUCAUCCUUAAAGAUCUUUCUUUCAACUGAGGUUUUAAACUUGUUUUUUACUCACAGCAGAAUUGCUUGGAUUUUAAAAAGACAGACUGAGGAGGUGAGACAGGAUCAAGUGCUUCUGCUUUACCUGCUAAUUUUUCAACAAAUUCAUCUUUUUUUCUAAUUUAUUUAAAUUGAAGUAGGAAGAGGUGUUGGGGUUUCUUUAAAAAAAAACUGCCAGGAUAAUUGUUGGAGAACAUCAAGGAUUGUUUCCUCUAUAUUUAAAUAUUAGUUUGUUUAUUUUGCUUUACCAUAAAGCAGACUUCCUGGAAUUAAUCAAACCGCCCCACAUCGAGGCGCGUUUUAUUUGCCCCAGGUCUUCUCUACCCUGACCAUGAUGGCCAACGCUGAACUUUUGACAUGGUCGGAAGCGCACGUGCCAAAGCUCGCGCAGGACAUCCCGCAGUCGGAGCGCGCGACGCUCACCCGCAGUGACCCGCGGGGUUGGAUCAGCGCGCACGCGCGUGCCGCCGCCGCUCGUCCCACUCACUACGCGCGCGCGUCGCCGGACAUCAUCACCCCGGACACCCCGGCAGAUGCUGUUGCCCCGAGAGAGCACGCGCUCGGCGCUGCGCACAGGCACCGGCGUGUCGCAGCGAACGCGCGCGAACGGCGGCGCAUGCACGGCCUGAACCGCGCGUUCGACCGCCUGCGCAGCGUCAUCCCGUCUCUGGAGAACGACAAGAAGCUCUCGAAGUACGACACGCUGCAGAUGGCGCAGAUCUACAUCGCCGAGCUGUCCGAGCUGCUCGAGGGCGUGGCGUCGUGCGGCACCGGGGAGGCGGCGCGCGCGCGUCGGUGCUUCCAGACCCCCUGCGCCGGUUACACCAUGGACGCGACGACGACGAUUGCGACGACGACGACGACCGCGGCUCCCGUGACCGAAGGACGCGUGCUGAUCCUGUCCGCGCCCGCGGCUCACUUUGACGCCGAAAAAUUGGAGCUCGCGGCGGCCAGCGGCAGCGACGGAGAGUCCUCACAGUGCAGCGACGCCGAGGAGGGACAUCCGGGAACUCAGUGAGCAUCAUUACACAAAAACAAACAAACUGUGUUCAUACGUGGAAGUGACUGCGCAGUAAAUCUAUCAAACUCCACGACACUGAUAUUUUAUGACACUAAAGUGGAGCUGGGUGCAGGGAAAGCCCCUGAAAGGCCAUGAGUAGCUAGCCAACACACUACUAAUACUAAUUUUGAUAAAACAACAAAUAACGGCAUUGUAUUAAAAUCUCUUUUAUAUAGCAAACUAACAACACACAGAUAUUAUCGGUACAUACAGUGUGCUUGUGAAUUCUAAAGACUGAUUGGUCAUAAGGGUUUGAUUUUUAUUUACAACACCAGCUAUUAAUAUAUACAUUGCUGUUAUAUAUAAAAGUCAAAAAACAACUUAAAUGAGGUUUUGUUCACAGAUUUUACAGUAUAUCAUUAAAACAUGGCGUUAUCAGUAAUUGCACUGUAAACACUCUUCCCUUUACUUUUAUUGUUCUCAUUUUUACCGUCUUGUCUUUUGUACAAACAACCGCUUAGAUUGUUAUCUGCCAAGCUGAAGUGUUUACUCUGCAAACAAGUUUAACCUUUUACUUCACUAUUAUUUUGUAGCUCAACUUCUCUAACAACUUAGGAACUGUUCUCCUUUUUUCCCUCUUUUUUCCCAAUUAAAUAAAGAACCAGUUUACAGGGUGGACUGAAGCAUUUGCAUCUUUAAAUAAAGAAAGCCGUAGAACUAUAUAUAUUUUUCCAUAUUAAAGUAGUCAGCUUAUUUAUUUUGCUAAUAUUAAUGUAUUUAUGACAUCUUGAAAUGUAUAAUUGGAGACCAAAACACAAUGACGUGGUUAAAC